AAUUUCCAAUAUUCCAAAAACACACACUCAACUCAAAUAUAAAAAAUUACCAAAAUACCCCUAACUUAAGAAAAACCUUUCACUUAUGUCCUUCUCUCCUCCUCCAAAGCCAAAAACAGAAACACAUGCGUGCUCAAUAAGCCAUUUUUUUCUUUUUCUUUCUUCACUACAAACAAUUCUCACAUUUUCACACGCUCACACACACAAAGUUCCAAUCUUUAAUUUCAUUUGAUAUUUCAAUUCCAAUUCCAAACCCCAAACCCCAAACCCUAGAUCUUAAUAAUCACUCGCCCCAUCUUCACGGCACCAUUCAAAGUCCUUCCCUUUCUUCCUUCCUUCCUUCCCCUACUAGCCCCCCCUAAUUUCCCCCACCAUUACCAGUACCAUUACUACUUCUACUACGGUACUACCCCUUUUUUCCAGAUCUGCUUAAUUCUCUCAAACCAACCUCCAAUUUCUGAUCCCGGUUCCUUAAUUCCCAUCAAUUUGCUCAAUUUUCGUCGGAUCGGUACAAAAUUUGAAUACUUUAAAACAAACCCCAUUACGCUUUUCUUUCAUUUUUUUUUUGUUCCCACUGAAUUUUGUUGAAUUUUGGAUCUGAGUAUGCUUUAUUAUAGUUCUUGGUAGUUGUAGUAGUAGAGGUAGUAGUAGUGAAAAUUCUGUUUUUUUUUUCCGGUUCACUGGUUUUCUCAUGGCAAUGCCAUCGGGAAAUGUGAUACUAUCGGACAAAAUGCAGUUUCCGAACGGUGCCGGAGCCGUAACAGGCGCCGGCGCCGGCACCGAGCUACACAGACAAUGGUUUCCGGACGAGCGUGAUGGGUUUAUUUCUUGGUUACGUGGAGAAUUCGCGGCGGCUAACGCGAUGAUCGACUCACUUUGUCACCAUUUACGAGCUGUGGGUGAGCCAGGGGAAUACGACGUCGUUAUCGGAAGCAUUCAACAGAGGAGGUGUAAUUGGAACCCUGUUCUUCAUAUGCAGCAAUACUUUUCGGUGGCGGAGGUGAUGUACGCGCUUCAACAGGUCGCGUGGAGGAAACAGCAGAGGCACUAUGAUCCUGUGAAAAUUGGGUCAAAGGAGUUUAAGAGAUCAGGUAAUGGAAUUGGUUCAGGGUUUAAGCAUGGAGUCCAUAGGAUCAAUGAAGUUGUUAAAGAUGGAGUCCAUAACCAUAAUUCGACCGUUGAAUAUAAUAAUAUUAUUAAUAAUAACAAUUCCUUUGAUGGGAAUUCUUCGAGUAAUAAGAGUGAAGAAUUCAAGUCUGGGAAUUUGGAUGAGAACGACAAGGUUUUAACUCCUGAUGUUGAGGAUAAAAAAGAAGAAUCUGUACCAAAGAAUCAUGAAGAUGGUAACUUGAAGAGUUCAGGGAAUUCUGAAGGAGCCGUAUCUGGAAUUUCAGAACAAGAUGUUGGUAUAGAUGAUGGAUGCACCUCAAGUUCUAAAGAAAAUGAUUCGCAAUCCAGCCCAAACCAAAAUGAGAAUUCAAAUCGUACUAAUGUUCCAAAAACCUUUUUUGGUAAUGAGAUGUUCGACGGAAAGAUGGUAAAUAUGGUUGAAGGACUGAAAUUGCAUGAAGAUUUCUAUUCUAACAAUGAAGUGUCGGAACUCUUUUCAUUGGUAAAUGAUCUGAGAGCUGCAGGGAAAAGAGGACAAUUUCAAGGUCAGACAUAUGUUUCCCUAAAGAGGCCCAUGAAGGGACAUGGAAGAGAAAUGAUUCAACUGGGUCUUCCCAUUGCAGACGCUCCUUUUGACGAUGAAAUCCAUGCAGGAACCUCAAAAGAACGAAGAAUAGAAGCUUUACCUCCCUUGCUGCAGGAUGUUACCGAGCGCUUGCUUAGCAUGCAAGUUACAACUGUGAAGCCAGAUUCUUGCAUUGUUGAUUUCUUUAAUGAGGGUGAUCACUCACAGCCUCACACAUGGCCACCUUGGUUCGGAAGGCCUAUUUGCGUUCUAUUCUUGACAGAAUGCGAUAUGACUUUCGGAAGAGUAAUAACAAUAGAGCAUCCUGGGGAAUAUAAAGGCGCACUUCGGCUUUCGCUUAGACCUGGAUCCCUCCUUUCGGUGACAGGAAAGUCUGCAGAGUUUGUGAAGUAUGCAAUUCCUUCUGUUCGCAAACAACGCAUAAUUGUUACAUUCACCAAGUCACAACCGAAGAAAUCCUUGCCCAGUGAUGGUCAUCAGCGUAUGCCCUCACCCGGUGUGACUCCAUCUUCUCAUUGGGGUCCACCAACCAUUAGAUCUCCUAAUCACAUUCGCCAUUCUGGUCCUAAGCACUAUGCACCAGUUCCAACCACAGGUGUUUUGCCAGCACCGGCUAUUCGUCCCCAAAUACCACCUCCAAACAAUAUGCAGCCGCUGUUUGUGACUGCUUCGAUUGCACCAGCCAUGCCUUUUCCCGCACCUGUUCCUCUUCCUCCUGGUACAAGUGGAUGGCCAGCUGCUCCACCGAGGCAUCCUCCACCUCGCUUGCCUGUUCCUGGCACUGGAGUUUUCCUCCCUCCAUCGGGCUCUGGUAACUCAUCAACCCCUCCUCAACAGGCACCAAGCAACGAAACAACAAACCAUGCUGCUGACACUGUUUCCCCACCCGAAAAAGAAAAUGGACCAGGGAAACCGAGCCAUGGUUCGGCCGCUUCCCCAAAGGAAACAUUCGACGGGAAAACUAAGAAACAUGAAUGCAACGGAAGCGUUGAUGGGACUGAAAGUGAAAAGUCAGGGACAAAGGAGGACAACACAGAAAUGAGCAAUUCAAAUGCAGUUUAGAAAUAAGGGCAUACAUAUAUAUAUAUUUAUAGAGAGAGAGAGAGAGAGAAAGAUAGAAAAAGAAUGAGAGAAAGAAACAGAGAGAGAGAGAGACAGGAUUAAUUGUUGGAAGGAAAUAGGCUGCAAAGUGGGAAUGAGUUUGAAGCAAAUGUAAAGAGCGGCAAGAUUGAAGACUUUUGACAUGAGAUGAUAUGAAGCAGAGGUUUGGGGAGACAUUUUAGAGGGAACUCUUUUUGAGUUGUCAUUGAAAUCUCCUCCUCCUCUGUUCAUCUUUUCAUUUUUUCUUUUUUUGGUACUUGUCCAAUUAUAUAAAUGAACUCUUACACAAUAGGUCCAAAGCACAACCUUAAUUUAAUUUAAUCUUCCCUUCUUCUUCUU